CAGUUUACUAUGUGGGCCUUAUUAGAUUGAUGGAAGACUUCAUCCAUUACUAAAGUUGACCCACAUAUUAGAAACAUGAUACUUUAAAAAUAAUUUGAAUUCAUCAUUGGUUCAAUCCAAUUAGAAGUCUGCAUAAUGUGCUCACAUGCACGACCUGUUGUAAGAACCUGUGUUUGCUAGGCUCCUAUAUAAGAUCACACUAGGUUUCACAUAAAUGAGCAAUUUUUUUACGAAAAUCUAGUUUUGAAGACCUAGAAAACUCUUCAUAAAACUCAAUUAAGAGGAACGAAAUACGUUUGUGGAUAUGAUGAAGAUGUGUUCAAAAUAAGAGAGUUCAGGGGUAUAUAUAGGUAAUUAAAAAGUUAUGCAGGAUCAAAAUUAUCGAGAGGCAAAGAUUUUUCCAUCAAAUUUGAUAAGAUCAAAGUCUUUGAUUGAAUCUCUUGGAGGCCAUACUAAAAAAGUUUGGGUUUGACCAUAAAGUUUCUUACCUUAGAUCCACCAUCUCUCUGUUCUGAUCAACGGGCAGAUUUUUUAUUUCUUUAAGCCUGAAAGGGAAGUUAAAUAAGGUGAAAUCUGUUGGAUUAUUUCCAUUUAAUAUGGCCUUAGGACCAAUAUUAAUAUGUGUUCUAUAUUUAUGUAUUGUAUAUAUAAUUAUGCAUUAUAUAUAUUUAUGUAUUAUUUGAUGGAAAUAAUACUUAAGGGGUACCAUUGUGGUAACACCCUUUAGGACAAGAAUGAAGAGUUGUGACUAUUGAGUAUUCUCAUUAUAAAUACCCUUUCUCCCUCUCAUUGAAACAUAUGUACAACAACACCAUAAGCCUAGGAGAGAAACACAACUCCCUAAAUUUCACUCCAUCUAUUAUUGUCCUAAAAGGGAUUACCCAUCCAUUCACCACAAGGACAACAAUGGCUUCUUCAUCAACAAAUCAUGGUUUACCAAGGAUUGGCUUCCCAUCAUCAUCCACUGUUACUUCGAAUUAUGGAAUUGAACCACUUACCGGCACUAACUUCACCUCAUGGAAAGACAAUGUUAAGCUCACCCUUGGAGUUAUGGACCUCGACCUUGCUUUGAGGUAUGACCCCCCUGAACCUUUGACUGCUGAAUCAACUCAUGAGCAGAAAAGGUUUCAUGAAAUUUGGGAGAGGUCAAACCGUAUGUCGCUAAUGAUAAUCAAGAACUCAAUUUCAGUAGCAAUUCGCGGUGCUAUCCCUGAUUCGGAUAACGCAAAGACAUACAUGGACUCGGUCGAGGAACAAUUUAAGGGCACCUCCAAGGCUCAUGCAAGUACACUGAUCUUGAAGAUGUUGACCACAAAAUACAAUGGUACUAGUGGUGUGCGUGAGCACAUUAUGAUGAUGAGUGAUAUGGCAAAUAAGCUCAAAGGCAUGGAUAUGGAGAUAAGUGAGGGCUUUCUCGUCCACUUCAUCAUGACUUCUCUUCCCACACAGUUUGGCCCUUUUAAGAUCAACUACAACACUCAAAGGGAAAAGUGGAAAAUGAGUGAGUUGAUAGCCAUGUGUGUGCAAGAGGAGGAACGCCUGAAAGUUGAGAAACCGGAUGUUGCUCAUGUCACCACUACUUCAAGCUCAUUCAAAAGGAAGGGUAAGUCUCAAGUUGGAGAGAGUUCAAAGGUUCCUAAGGCAAGUACAAGUGCAACGCCUGGCUCAAAGGGGGCUUUGAAACAACUUCGUUGCAAAUUCUGUCAUAAGAAAGCACAUUAUCAACGAGAUUGUUCCAAGUUCAAAGAAUGGCUUGCAAAGAAAGGGAUUCCAUACAAUCCAACAACUGCACCAAAGCCAAAGGACAAUUAAAGUGGGGAAUGGUGAAGACUUAAAUGUUGAAGCUGUAGGAUCACUUUCAUUAAUGUUAGAAAGUGGUCAUAGUUUAAGCCUUAAAAACAUUCUUUAUGUUCCUAAUAUUACCAGAAACUUAAUAUCUGUAUCAAAGUUAGCAUAUGAUGGCUACACUUUUAUGUUUGGAUACAAUAAUGUUGCUAUAAGUUUCAAUAAUAAUGUUGUUGGC